GCAUCUGCCAGAGGCAUGGCAUGCUGCUCGUUCUCUGCGUUACUUAUGGAUGGAGGGAAAUCCUUUGGAGCCCACAUCUCUUUCAUCAGUUAUCCCCCAACUCCGAUUUUUGCGAGCAGUUGGGAUUGACAGCAAUCAGGCAAGAGGAGUAUCAUCCUGUGGUUUGAUUAGGUCUUCCGGCGAACAAGCAUUGCGAAUCGGACAUAUGGCCGGCACAGGUGAAGCGUCGUUGAAUGGUGGUUAUUUCAAGGUCACGCGGCAUUCGGAAGCAGGAGUCACUGACGGGGAUCUCGCACAAUUAUUGGUUGUGGCUUUCGGAAGUGCCCCUGGUGUACCUAAUUGGGGCGGUCUGCUGAAGCGUGUGAAAAACUGUCUGGAAUCCAAGGGCUUCCCCGCUGCUUUCGAUACACUCUAUGUGGUUGAUCCCCGAAGAUCUUGGUACUCACACUCUAAAAGGGGCACCGCAUCUCUUCUGUGCGACGACGACGACGACCACGCAUCUGCAGCCCUUCCGUCUCCAGAUGGUCUAUUUUUCAACCCCUCUUCUUCUUGCUCUCUUGUAAACCAAGAGUCUCAGAGCAAGAAGGGGGGCGCGAUCAGCACCAGGGGUGCGACUGCCAAGCAGUUUGGACCUGAAAGUUAUUACUUCAAGGAGCUCAGCGCUUCUGUCAAAGGUUACAGGCGCGUGAUAAUGCUUGGUGACUCCAUGGGGGCGAGCGCAGCCCUUAUGUUCAGCCAGCUGGCCACUGCUGUUAUGGCAUUUUGCCCACAGGUUGAUCUGACAUCAGCAUCAAUAAGGCCGUCAAGAAGCGAUGCAUGGUUCCAAAGCUUCCGCGACAAUCUAUUGUCGGCAGCCUCGUCGUCGAGCGCAUCGAUCACCGUUCAUUGUGGAGACUGGUCACAUGACCUUAACCAGGCACAGAUGCUUCCUAAGCCUCAGGUGCAGGUCGUGACGCACCCAAUCAACGAUCAUCGUUUGGCGAAGGCUCUCAAUGAACAGGGGAGAUUAGUUCCGCUUGUCGCCGAAUUAAUUGAAAAGGAAAUAUCAGAAGCAUAUGCUUUUCUUUGAUUUUUUAUUUUCCUUCUUCAACCACCAGUACGUUUGCUACCCAUAUGUUGAUCUACGCGUGUCAUCCUUGCUGAGGGGCCGUCUCCUACGCCGUGUGCAUGCCUACCUAGGGAACACACCAAGAGUCCCAUGUGUGGGGUAAGGGUAUGCUGACACUGACAUAGGACCAUUUUUUGACUGCGCUCUGGGCGUGUUUUCGGUCAGAUACAUCUAGAUCAGGCUGUCAUUACGACCAGAUACAUUCCGGAAAUCCCUGAUGCGAACAUCCUCUAAAUAAAUAUGGGUGGAGUCCACAUGCAGCCCUUUGAAUUUUAUUUUUUUCAAGAAUCCCUUUGAAAAUUGUAUUGCAAAGAAGUAACAAACCAGCAAUUCAAUU